UUACACCACUGACCACACGCAUUCGACCUGAGUACAACCUGUGCACAGGCAUUAUGCUAAGUAGUAAUUUCUCACAUUCUUGAAGAUAAUUGAUAAUUAGUUUUAUUAUUCUGUACGUUUUGGUUUUGUGAAAAUGGAAACGAGUUCAGAUACUUGUGAAGGUAAAACUGAUAUGUCCUCCGACACAAAUAAUAUUACAGAAGUCAAAAAAAGAAAACUAGAAGAAUUAAACGAACCUCAAAUAAAAAUUAACUUCAACGGCACAAUUACUACGAUGACUAUGUCUGAUCUUGAUACUGUAAUAAGCGAUGUAGUUACCAAGUAUAUACUUGAUAAUGAAAAUAUAAAUGAGAAGUUUGUAAGCCGUGCCAAUUUGUUACUGGUUAACAAAUGGCAGACCCAAUAUGGUGAAGCUGAAAAGAAAGUAAAGGAACUAGAAUUUAUUUACAGCCGACUCAAGAACGAUUUAAGAACUAACGAAGCUGCCCAAGCAAUAAAAGUUAAUCAUGCAGUAAAGCUUGGCAUUAAAGUUACUCCAAAUAUGAUUAACAAUACAUUUACCCCAAUUGUUCGAAAAUUUCGUAAUUCAGAAGUUAUUACUAUAUCAGAUGAUGAUUCAAAAGAUGCAACUACUGGUUAUGAACAUUUUACAAGUAAUAUUCAGCAACGUAAUUUAAACUCUGUUAAAAAAACUGAGCCAAGCGAUGAGCAUACCUUGAAUGUAUCAACCACUAGAAAGAUGCCCAAUAGGCCUUGUCCGAAGUCUAAAAGAGUUUAUAUAAAACACGAACCAGAUAGCGAUUGUGAAGAACUUCAGCCUGAGAUUAUUGAUGUUCAAGGUUCAUCAAAUAGUGAUAUUUUACCCAAUACAAAAAAUAUGUAUAAUCAUGGUCCACAAUCAAUAACUACUAAUUCUAACAAUGAAAACAAUAAUUCGGAAACAUACAAUUCUAUUGUUGAAACAAAUAGUACACCGGAUCCAUUUACCGUAAAUAGCCCUACUCUUGAUUCAGUUUUACAAGCUAUAACUACACCAAAUGAAAAUAAUAAUGCUCACUCGUCUGUAACAACCCAUAAUCCACCACAAAUUACAACUAGUGUAGAAGAAAAUUCAAAUGUUGGUUUGAUGUUUUAUGGUGUUAAUGAUAUUAGAGGAUUAAAGAUGAAAUACCCGCCACCUUUGCCUAAAGUACCACCUCACAACAGUCAGCCAUCAUGGAAAAAUGUCCCUCCAGCACCCAAAUUAAGUUUAACUGUUGAUGGUGAUAAAGUACAACUAAUAUGGGAUUUAAGAUUAACUUCCAACAUGGCAGAUGUUAAGUUGUAUGAAUUGUAUGCUUGUCAAGAAACUAAAGCCAUACCCAAUUCUUCUAUGUGGAAAAAAAUGGGAGAAAUUGAAGCAAAGCCAUUACCAAUGGCAUGUGAUUUAGCAGCUUUUACUGCAGGACAUAAAUAUUACUUUGCCCUUAGAGCAGUUGAUAUUCAUGAUAGACGUGCCCCAUUUUCUCAACAGGAUAUGACUAUCUAAGUUGUAAGUAAUUAUUUAUGGCCACAGUUAAGUUAUCCUUUUAUUGUAAAGAGGUGCGAUGGUAGUCAGUACCAACUUCACUAUAAGGUGAGCCCAUACGUUUAUUGUGUCAAACCCAACUGUGAAAUCUCUCUACUUAGUAUAAUGUAAUGUCAUACAAUAAGCCAAUUAAAUAAUUUUAAAUUUAGAAUUAAUAUAUUAAUUUUGUGCAACUCAUUUUUUUGUUUCUCUUUGUUUACAUGAAAUCGACAAAUUGUUUUAAAAAUAUACCUUAAGUGUUUUGUAUAUAUCAAUGUAGAGGAGAAAUAUAACAUUUUAUAUCAUAUAUAUAAAUAUAUAUACAUAUUACUUUAAAGAAAAACCAUACAUCACAA